GUCGACGCCUCAGUCCAGUCGCCCUUUGUUGAUUUGUAUUUGUGUCGAGUUGUGGUUUUCUCAUGUGAAGACAAUCUCUACACGCACUAUAAUAUACACUGUCUGGCACCGCGCCGAGUACUAGUUGGCCGGUUCACGGUCCCACGAUCUCUGCCUGCUAGACGGCUGUCAUGUGCCCGCGCAGGAGCGUUCGCACUUGCAUUUGCAGGCACAAACGCUCCGAGGCGAUGGUGUCGUGAAUAUUUGUUUGGUUUCUCUCUUCUUCUCUGUUCAAUUUCGUCUCAAAGAACAAGUUGCGCUUUGUUGGGAAGAUCCUGCAAAGCGCCCUUGUCGAGCGCCAUCGAUGGCUUCUAACUUCAUCUCGAGGUUUACAGGCUCCAACCACGCUUCGGCUUCCAUCUACGAGACUCUCCGACAGCAUGACGAAGAUUCAGACGGCUCGGAUGUGGAAGAAAGAGCAGGCCUAGUCGCGGAACCUCAAAACGUAAGAGAUGAUUACCACGAUAUAGGCUCGAGUCAUAUGAACUUCAGCCAGAGUCGACUGGAUCAUCGUCUCACCCAGGACACGGGAACCGACCACCGGCAAGGCAGAGUCUCUCGGAAGGGAAAGAGCAGGGCUACGAACAGAUCGAGAUACCCUGGGGCGCAUAAGCUAUUGGAUGUUGAAGAGGCGGACGACGAUGUGCCAGCGUCACUGCUCAUAGACCCCAACGCAGGAAACCAAGACCAUGACUCUAUCUCCUUACCUCCUCCUCCGAGUCAACUUUCAGACGGCCCUCCCUUGCCGGAAGACGUUGAAUUCGCUACCCCACGACAGUAUCCACGACUGCAGAGUCCCGGUGAAAGCAACCCAAGACAUCCUCGAAAUGCCCCGGUCAAUCCGUUCUGGGGAAGGCUUGCCAAUGCGGAUCCAAAAGAGAAGGCCAUGUUUCGAUGGGUUAAUGUGACCGACCUGGACAACUUCCUGCUGGAUGUCUACAAUUACUAUCUCUGUCACGGCUUCUGGUCUAUGCUCCUCGUGCGCUUCUUCAACCUGAUCACGGUCGCUUUUGUGGUCGGUUUCUCGCUAUUCCUCACACAGUGUAUCAACUAUCAAGAGAUCAAAGGCAGCACAAAGAUGUCGGAGAUUCUAAUACCUCAAUGUGCCAGCAAGAUGGGCUUCUUACCCAACGCACUACUUUGGAUCACAAGUUUUGUUUGGCUCUGGAACCUGGUUAUUUCCUUCUUCGACAUCUUUCGCUUAAGACAGAUGCACGAUUUCUACCUGUACCUGCUUGGUAUCCCCGAAACCGAGAUUCAGUCAAUAUCGUGGCAAGAAGUCGUUAGUCGGCUCAUGGCUCUGCGGGACUCGAAUCCCACGAUUACUUCCACAUCCAAGAAGGCCGGCGGCUAUCUCAGAUCCCAGGACAAGCAACGAAUGGACGCCCACGACAUUGCUAGCCGUUUGAUGCGAAAGGAGAACUAUAUGAUCGCUAUGAUGAACAAAGACCUGCUCGAUCUAACAUUACCGAUACCGUUUCUACGCAACCGAAAACUGUUCACGCGCACGCUGGAAUGGAAUAUCGAGCUGUGCAUCAUGGAUUUCGUCUUCAACAGCAAAGGACAAGUUCGGCCCCUGUUUCUGAAGGACACGCACCGCAAGGAUCUUUCAGAUGCCCUUCGAAACCGUUUCGUGGCUAUGGGGUUUGUCAGCCUCAUAUUCGCGCCUUUCCUCGCCGGUUUUGCUCUCACCAAGCACUUCUUUCAGAAUUUCAAUGAGUACCAGAAGAAUCCUGCUCAGAUUGGCUCAAGAGAAUACACUCGGUUUGCCCAAUGGAAAUUCCGAGAAUUUAAUGAACUCCACCACCUGUUUCACCGGCGAAUCAACAUGUCGUAUCCGUUUGCGACGAGAUACAUCAACCAGUUCCCAAAGGACAAGACUGUCCAGACGGCCAAGUUUGUCAGCUUGGUGUCGGGUGCUGUGGUCUCUGUACUAGGUCUUGCCACCAUCUUGGACCAGGAGAAUUUCCUGAAUUUCGAGGUAACUCCAGGUCGAACAACCAUUUUCUAUAUUGGCAUCUUUGGGUCGAUAUGGGCUGUCGCUCGCGGCUUGUUGCCAGACGACAACAUGGUGUAUGAUACGGCAUUUUCGAUUCAAGAAGUGGUCGAGUUCACCCAUUACGUUCCGGCGCAUUGGGAGGGUCGCCUGCACACUGUUGAAGUCAAGGACGAAUUCUCGCAAUUUUACCAGAUGAAAGUAGUCAUCUUUUUCGAGGAAGUGUUGAGCAUGAUCUUCACACCUUUUGUCUUGUGGUUCAGCCUACCCAAGUGCAGCGAGCGCAUCAUCGAUUUCUUCCGAGAGUUCACUGUGCACGUCGAUGGCAUUGGAUACGUUUGCUCCUUCGCAGAGUUCGGAUUUAUGGAAAGAGCCAUCAGACCUCAAGCUGCUCAGGCGGCUGCGAAACCCGAGACAGCGACAAGAACGGCAGGAGAUGCGGGCAAGACGAAUGCUGCGCAUCUACGAGACGACUAUUUCGCUCCAAAUGACAACAAACUCGAGCAGAGUUAUUGGGGCUUCAUGAACAAUUACGCUCGCAACCCAAAGACAGAUAUUCGGUUUCCUUACCAUCACAACGCGCGGCGUCCCCUGCACAUGCCUCCGCCUGUACCCGGGUUACUCUCGCCGACGCUUCCUAUUACUGAGCAUGGCAAUGGUGGUCAUCGACCCGGCGCAGGCUUAGGUCUGUUUUCGCCGCCCAAUCGAGGCGCCUUGGGUACACCUGGAUUCGGUGCUCAACAUCACGGCGGCCAAGGUCAGUUGCAGUCGACUCAGCCCCUCGGUUCGCCAUUGCAAUCUUUGCUUCUUGAUCCCCAUCAUCAACCAUCGACCAGCGGCUUUGUGAACUCACCUCAGGCAGUACGACCUCGUCAUUCGCUUACAAAUCGAUCUCUUCGCGACCGAGACCAUCGAGACAGUAUGGCUGAAGAAAUGGGACCUGAGAGUCAUAAGCGCGCUAAGGCUGACGGUCUACAUACAGCCGCAGUAGCUGAACAACCAUCAACCCUUGGCACGACGCAAGAAGGAGGUGAGUUGGGCUCGUGGAAAUACGAAGUCGAGUCGUCUUCGAACGGUGGAAGCGAAGACGAGGAUGAUGAAAAUGAUCCCAAGGCCAUCGCGGCGUUGGGUGCACUCGGCCCACUCGGGUUGAUUCGGCAGUUUCAAAAGGCGCAAGCUCAAGAAGGUGGAAGGGCGAGAGCUGCUGGAGCAGGCAUUUGAAAGUCUAUGUCGAAAGCUAAGUUGCAGGAUGGGAUUCAUGGGUGGACGCGAGAUAACCAGUGCAUGGCGGGCAUGGCGUGAGAGGCUCAAGAGCAUAAUACUGGUUGGAUACACAUUUCCAUGGCGUUGGAAUCAGCUCACCAGGAGAGCACAGUCUCAUUGUACGCUCAACAUUAGCAAAGGCAUAAGAACAGGUGGCGUUUGCACGGCACAUAUCUUGUGGACAGUUCCAAAUCCAUGUAGACAACAAGGUCAAGGUAGAUACAACUGGAAAUGAUCACAGCCGUUUUCAGAUUGGGUGCUGGUCGUCGGCAACAGUACUCUGGACAAUG